AUGUCCCGGCAUUGGGUCCACACCCCGUCAAACACGAUAGUAUGGGCUGCAAACAGCAUGGUUCCUGGCGAAGAGCUGCCUGGAGUUCCGAAUACCUCUCUUCCUGGCCAAGGAGUUGUUCGGGUGGACGAAUCUUUCGUCGCGAGUGUCGUGGGAAACAUGAAGCAGGUUGGCAAGAUAGUGUCUGUUCAGCCAUCGUGUUUACACAUCUACGAACCUGUCACAGCAGAUGUCGUCCUUGGGCGCGUCGUUCGUCUUCUGCCGAAUAAGUGGGUCCUGGACAUAGGUGCAAUACAGCAUGCUACUCUCCACAUUGAUAACUUGAACAUACCGGGGAUCCAGCGGGUAAGGGACACUGCAGAUGAAAGCAAUAUGCGCCAGUGGCUUGACGUGGAUCAGCUUAUUUCGUGCGAGGUAAAGCAGGGCUAUGCACUUCUUACUCGGAGUGCACAGUUCGGGGUGUUGAACCAUGGCGUACUAGUGAAGGUGCCUCCUUGCGCAGUGGGCCCAUCGACUACCGCGUUUGCAAACCUGGACUCUCUGAAUGUGCAUGUUAUUCUCGGCAGGAAUGGAUGGAUUUGGAUUUCUGAGAUGCGGAAUCCCAGUGAUACUAGAGAGACAGUUCGAGACAGUGCAUCUCCGACUCCUUCCAAGGAGCAACUGCAAGCGAUAUCCCAUGUAGCGCAACUUUUACAGACCAUGUGUGCCGCUGGAGAGCGUGUUACUCCUGCGUCCAUCCUUUCAGCAAGCAAAAGGCAUCUCGAACCCGGAUGCUCUCCUAAGACUUAG